AAAAGGUGUUCAAGCACUAUGGAAACACAUAAUCUAACAUACAUCUUAGAAUUCCAUCUCCUGGGCCUCUCAGAAGAUCCAAACCUACAGCCCAUCCUCUUUGGACUGUUCCUGUCCAUGUACCUGGUCACAGUGUUUGGGAACCUGCUCAUCAUCCUGGCCAUCAGCUCUGACUCCCACCUCCACACCCCCAUGUACUUCUUCCUCUCCAACCUGUCCAUUGUUGACAUCUGUUUCACCUCUACCACAGUCCCAAAGAUGACUGUGGACAUUGUAACUCAAAGCAGAGUCAUCGCUUAUGUGGGCUGCCUUGCCCAAAUGUCUCUUUUUCUCCUUUUUGCAAGUAUGGAUGACAUGCUCCUGACUAUGAUGGCCUAUGACCGGUUUGUGGCCAUCUGCCACCCCCUGCACUAUGCAGCCAUUAUGAACCCUCGCUUCUGUAUCUUACUACUUCUGCUCUCUGUCUUUGUUAGCCUGUUAGACUCCCAGCUACAUGAUUUAGUAGCCUUGCAAUUUACCUGCUUUAAAGAUGUGGAAAUAGCUAAUUUCUUCUGUCAUCCUUCUCAAGUUUUUAACCUUUCAUGUUAUGAUACCUUAUUAAAAACCAUGGUCACAUAUUUUGUUGGAGCCAUAUUUGGCUUUAUUCCUAUGUCACUGAUCUUUUUCUCUUACUAUAAAAUUGUUUCCUCCAUUCUCAAAAUCCCUUCAUCAGGAGGGAGGUACAAAGCCUUUUCUACUUGUAGUUCUCAUGUGUUAGUGGUUUGCUUAUUUUAUGGAACCAGCAUUGGAGUAUACCUUGGUUCAUCUGUGUCAUAUUCUCCCAGUAAGGGCAUGGUGGCCUCACUGAUGUACACUAUGGUCACCCCUAUGCUGAAUCCCUUCAUCUACAGCCUGAGGAACAGGGACAUUAGCAGCACCUUAAGGAAGCUCCGCAGUUGGUGA